GCUUGCGGUUGGGCUCAUCUUUUUAUUGUUAGCGGCUCUUCGAACACUAAACCAAUCCGUGUUGAUCGCUAUCUGUGUGUUCUUCGUUGAUUUCGUACGGUGGAGACGGUGACCAUUGAGUUUCUGUAACGGAACACAUUGAUCACUACGUCUUAAAUCCAGACACCCAUUAGGAAAUCUCUUUUGAAGAUCGCUAUCUCCACAUCUUUCUGCUACUCAUCUCUCUGCUAUAUCCACAACUUUCCUAAAGCUUUAGAGAGAUCUCAAAACCUCGACAGCCAUGACAACCACCAAAUUCCAGAGGAUUAUGAUCCAGCCAAUCAUAUGUUUCCUUGGAUAUUUUCUCCUUCAUAUUGUUAUGACUAUUUUCUUUUUGAGAAAUAUUGUUAUGACUACUUUCUCUGUAUUCUUUGAUUGAAUUUUGCUAUGUUUUUUUUUUCCAAAACAGAAAAAAAAUUGCUUUGUUUUCUGGUGGUUUCGUGGAAGCUCCAUAACUUGAGUUUUAGGGGUUUUCAAAGUGUAAGCUCCAUAACAAUGGAUUUCUGAUUUAUCUUCUGGUUUGUUUUUGUCACGCAGAAAGUUCGAAUCCAUAUUUGGCUAUUUUAGCAGAAAGAUCUGAAGACUGAAGAAAUAAUUAAUGUAAGUCUGUACUACACAUUUUUAGCUAUGAAUCCGUUGCGAACGGAGCUCCAUGAGCAUGUACUUUGUAAUUCCUAGCUUAGUUUUCUUUGUGAAUCAAGUUUAGAUACAGAAACAGUGUGAUAUACGACUGUGUAAUUGAUGUCUCUUGGUUUUCUCAAGUGUUCAUGAAUUGAUGCUGUUCUUUGUGCGGCUGAAUUCAUGGAGUACAAACACUACUGAGUAAUUUCAUCAACACAUUUCUGAUUUUUUUCGUUACUUGCAUUUCUAUUGAUCAUUUUCUUUGAUGCCAUAUGUUAUAAUAUAAUCACACACAAAUAGUAAAUGAUUGUAUAUCACACACCAUGGGUAUUUUUCAUGGUUUAUUGCAAUUUUUAAUUAACUCAUGAUGUUCAUACUACUUCAACGUGUGAUGGCAAUGACUCCUGAGGUUGCUAACCCAAUGGUAACAUCACCAAAAAGGUACCAAAAACAGUUUCAUUUAAGUUAAUAAAUAGCAAGUGUUGUGUGAUUUGAACAACUUCGGGGGUAUUCGAGCAUAACCCAACAGGCUACGAUCUCUCACUUCUUCAAGGACAUUGUUCUGAAAACAAAGCCGGCGUCAAAACUCUGAAUUACAUAUUUGGCAGUUGAAUUCUAUUAAGAUUGUGAAGGUUUUUCUAUUUUUAUGUUUGUUGCAGGCGGCUCUCAGGCUAGCCACCAUGGAUGUCCACUGUCUGCUCACUUUCAGACACCUUUCCAAGGUGGGUUUUGUGUACUCCGUCACCGGAUUUGAUGUUAUUCGAGCCAAUCAAAACUUCAAGCAAUCCGACUAUCAUCUCUCGAUAUGGUAUAAUGAUUCAACGGUUUUUGAUGAGAUAACAGAACCACUUUCUCCAAUUCCUGUAGAACGCUUCCGGUUCCGUAAUCACGAUGAGCUAUUAUGCCUAGAUAACACCAACACCCAUCUUCCAGACGUUAUUGGUGAGCUCACUUCUAUAAAAGAUACUGUAAGUUACCCUCCACAAGAGAAAGAUCUUGCAUGGCAACCAUCAAAAUCGUCAAGUAACAAUUUAUUUCAGCUUGGAAUCUACUGACGUGGAUGAGUUAGAGAGGAGAUUGACUUAGCUAUGAUGAAUCUGAAAGAUGAACCUACUUAUUUGUAGGUAUCACUCAUCAUGCAUCAAAUGAAAGCAGCUCUGUUAAUUACUUUUGAAAGUUGUGUUCUAUCAAAUAGUGUAAACAAAAUAUGUUAUAGAUUUUUUGUUCUCGAUUCUAAGAAUGUUUUAGGUUCAUGCAUCAUAUGAAAGCAACUCCGUCGUAUCAUUUAUGUAUGUUUUAUGGGUAUUGUAUUCUUCCGAAUGAUAAACAAAGUAUUCAGAUUUUUGUCUGGAUUUUAAGGCA